AUGGCAGACUCGCCAUUCCACACAGAAGGCGUCGAGUCAACGUGGUCAACGCCGAUGCCCAUCCGCCACCGCGAGACGCGUCAUCUCAAGACUUCCUCAUCUGUAUCUUCAUCUUCUGCCACCUUCCCUCACAUCACCGAGGUGCUACAAUGGACGCCGCUCGACAACCCAGCCCCGCACCCGUCCUCAAAAUGCCCCGAGGGCUUGAACCUCUCAUCAGCAGCUUUCAAGGCGUAUCGUGACCGUUCUCCAACGUCGUCGACUAUGAGCUCGGCUGUCAUGCCUGACUCGGCCACGACAUAUUCGAUGCCCAUGUCGCCGACCCUCUCAACAUUCACUCGGGCCACGACGCCAGAUAUCGAGGUCCCCAGCAGGGAGACGCUGCGGGGUCAUCCCAUUAGGCACUGGAAUCGCCAGUCUUAUGAUUCGUCCUCGUCCACGUUUGUUGAUUCAGUGCCCGACGAAGACCGGAUUAAGGACCACUCUAGACAGCCAGAGAUCGAUGAGAUACCAGAGGUUGAAGCCAUUCGUGCAGCCGGCACUCCAAGACCAGCAGCCGACCAGACCGACAGCGAUGGGCCUCCGCCGCUCAAGGAGAGGAUGAGUUUCGACGUGGGGGUCGACAGGCUUUCCACAGGUUGGGACGCCGACCCCGCAGACAGCGCAGACGAGGAGGUUGAGGGCGUGCUCAACUACGUCCUCCAAGCUGCGUAUGGCGUCGAUCUAGAUGAGAUUGGCGCUCCUCAGAAUUUGCUCCGCCGCUUCACGUCCCGCUUCAUUCAAGACGUCGGCCGCAUCGCCUUCAGCGGCCCGCCAACCACGCAGCUCACGCACACGACAUCAAAUUCAUCUCGAUCAACAGUGCUCAUUGCACGAGCUCCAACGCGAACCUCCCAAACUGGAAAGCGGAAGAAAGGCGGCCCCAGCCGUGACGGAACAGAAGAUGACGAGGACAUCAGCGAGGAUGACGCCGAUGGCGGUGCUCCGUUCAAACGCGCUCGACAGAUCGUCAAGGAAACCGAAGAGAACCUCCGCCUGAGCUGCCCCUUUCGCAAGCGCAACCCUGCGCGGUUCAACGUGCGUGAGCAUCACUCUUGCGCCAUGACGUAUUUUCCGAAAUUUGCCGAGCUGCGACAGCAUAUCGUGAAGCAACAUAAGCGGGUGGAUCCGUCCGCCUUCGUCUGUGACCGGUGCAACCGCGACUUUGCAGCAAGGAAGGAUCUCAGGGACCACCAGAGACUGCCGAGGGAGCUCAUGUGUGACAUUGCUGAUCACGACCCUGAAUGUGGCAUUGAUGGGCCAACGGCUGCCAAGCUGCUGAGCCGGAAGCGGGCGGGCGGGACAUCGGCGGAAGUGCAGUGGAUGGAAAUCUGGAACCUCGUGUUUCCGGAUGACGGUGAUCACGAAGUGGUCAACUGGGACUUCUGUCCUGUCAUUGAACACUUUGAGGUGACGGGGCGCUUCCUCGCAAGCUUGAAGGCGCUCGAGGGAAGUCUACGCAACAAAGGACUCAACGAGCAGGCGCUUGAGACGAUAGGCAACGUGUAUCGCAACCAGUUCAUCCAGGUUGUGGAGCAGUGCGUGAAUGACGCGAGAACAAAGCCAUACUCGAAUAGAAGCAAUCGCAAGAGCGAGAUCAACGCUGCUAUGCCAGGGCAGCCAUCACGACGUGGGCCCAGGCCGGACUCGGGGGUGGAUGUCGACGAAGGGUCAUCUGAGGACAGUCUCUCGAUCGCACUACUAGGGUCAAGUUUUGGCAUGGAUGAUGGGUUGGGCCGGUGCUCAUCGACAGGGACAGAGAUUCGGUCAAGUAACGGCGCUGGCGGGCGCAUGUUGAUGCCCGUGAUGGAGCAGGUCCCGGGGGAUGGCGGCGAGUACGGGCUCAAUCCGAGUGGGCUGCCGGGCGGGCUCUAUGGAGACUUUGCGUCCGGGUCGGGGCCAGGUCCGGGGCCCAGCCCUUAUGCCGGAUGGGAUAUGGCGAUGCCCUCGAAUCAGACAGGCCAGUUUGAUUUCCCAGGUUAUCAUAUUGGUGUAUUGUCCUCUAUUCUCGUCCACCCUGGCUGGCAGGAGAUGCUCAACCAUCCCAAGGCUAGCACCAAGGGCAUCAUCACUGGUAUAUAUUACCUUGGUACUUUCCUAAGCUACAUCUUCGUCUCGCAUCCCCUCAGCGACUGGCUCGGUCGUCGAUACGCAGCUCUUUCUGGUGUCGGCAUUCUCAUACUCGGCACGGCACUCCAGGCGACCAGCAAUGGUGGAUCAGCCCUCGUGACCAUGAUUCUCGGGCGAAUGGUAUCGGGUGUUGGCGUAGCCAUCGUUUCGACGUCGGUGCCGCUCUAUCAAGCUGAGGUUUCACCUGCGAAACAGAGGGGUCAUUUCGUGACGAUGAAUCACGUCGGCUUUAUCGCCGGCCUCGCCACCGGCCUCUGGGUCGGCUAUUUCAUGACGUACUGGACCUCAGCCAGCGGUCACUACUACGGCUGGCGCCUGUCCAUCUGCCUCGAACUCGUGCCCGCCCUGACGUUCGCUGCCGGGCUGCCCUGGAUCCCCGAAACCCCCCGUUGGCUCGUCGAAAACGGUCAUCUCGAACGUGCCAAGUCGACUCUUCGUUGGCUUCGCGAGGGCAUGGCGCUCGAUGCUGAAGUGGACGCCGAGUUUGCCGCCAUCACUAGAAACGUCGACGCCUACUACCCUACCCACACGUCCUGGCUUGCUCUCUUCCGUGAGCCAGCCCUUUUCGCCCGUUUGUGGCGCGCUGCAGCCCUGCAGUUCAUGGCUACUCUGUGCGGCGCCACGGCGAUGAAAUACUAUCUUCCCACGCUGCUCAAGGCGCUUGGACUCGAGACGAGGGUAGCCCUCAUGGCUGGUGCCGCAGAGAUGACCAUCAAGAUUGGCUUCACAGUGUUGGAGAUGUUUCUCAUCGACCGUUUUGGCAGGCGAAUGUGUCUCGUGGCGGGCUGUUCUGUGAUGGCCGUGGCCAUGAUGAUUAACGGCGCCCUGCCGAUCGCGUAUCCGGACAACUCGAGCAAGAUAGCGGAUGUCAUCUGUAUCAUUUUCAUCUUCGUCUACGCCCUGGGCUACAGCCUAGGCUUCGGCCCGGCAUCAUGGGUGUACAAUACCGAGAUCUUCCCCACGUCGGUGCGGGCGCGGGGGCUUAAUUUCGCGGCAUCGGGUGGCUCGGUCGGCUCCAUUAUUGUGUCGCACGUAUGGCCUGUUGGACGGGCAGCAUUGGGCAGCAAGGUUUACUUUAUCUUCAUGGUGGUCAACGUGCUGUGCAUUCCGAUCAUCCUCAUCUUCUACCCGGAGACAAAAGGCAUCGCUCUAGAGGACAUGGAUGCGCUUUUCGGUAAGGUUGCGACGGCGCAGGGGGUUGACGGCGGCCGCCAAGGGCUGGAGGAUACGGAACGGCUGCUGGCGCCACAGUCACCAGGUGACGCGGAGGAGCCUUAUCAUGACGUAUCCACGAGAGUGUGA